AUGUACGCUCUUACCAAAAUCGUCGCUGUUAUCGCUGCUGUCACUGGGGCGCUUGCCGCUCCUGCAGCCGACCCGUCCCUCGACAGCCCUGACUUCGAGCUUGGCGGCCAGAACCUCGCCCGUCGCCAGAAUUACAACCAGAACUACGUGACUAGCGGGACUGUCAACUUCUCUCCUGCGAGCAACGGGUACUCUGUCUCGUUCUCCGGGGCUGGAGACUUUGUUGUUGGCAAGGGCUGGAGCACCGGCACCAGCAGGAACAUCACCUUCAGCGGUUCCACAAGCGCCACGGCAGGCACUGUCCUAGUCUCCGUCUACGGCUGGACGACGAACCCCCUGAUCGAGUACUACGUCCAGGAGUACACCAACAACGGCGCGGGCUCCGCCCAGGGAACCAAGGUCGGCACUGUGAACUGCGACGGGUCCGACUACGACAUCUGGAAGCACCAGCAGGUCAACCAGCCGUCCAUCUCCGGCACCGCCACGUUCUGGCAGUACAUCUCGAACCGCAAGAGCCCGCGGUCCGGCAGCGGUACCGUGAACACCAAGUGCCACUUUGACGCCUGGGCAAAGGCGGGCCUGAACCUCGGCAGCAGCAUGAACUACCAGGUCCUUGCGACAGAGGGCUGGGGAAGUGCUGGUGGAAACUCCAAGUAUACCAUCUCUGGUUAG